CCGGAGUUUACACAAGCGAAGGGGAGCAAAAUGGCGGACGAAGAUAUUACGCUUGAUGGAAAACCUCUACAAUCGCUCCGAGUCGCGGAUUUAAAAACCGCCUUGGAGCAAAGAAACCUGCCGAAAAGCGGGCAGAAAAACACACUCAUUAAGCGACUGAAAGGGGCUCUGAUGCUUGAAAACCUGCAGAAGUCGUCCUCCUCUCACAGUGGGCUGCAGCCCAACUCUCAGAUAGGGGAGGAGAUGAGCCAGAAUAGCUUCAUAAAACAGUACCUGGCCAAGCAGCAGGAGCUCCUUCGACAGAGACUUGAGAGAGAGGCCCAGCAAGAGGAAGAGGCUGAUGAAAGCCCAGCAGUGCCGGAAGAGGAUGAAGAUCACUCAGAGGACAAUGAGAGCGCUUCUUAUCCUGACAAGCAUCAUCCCAAAAUCUCUCAGCCCCCACUCACCAGGACGGAGGAGAGGGGAGGAGGAUCAAUGAUGGGUCAUGGGAAGAUGGCAAGUGGGCCUGAUGUGGGUCCUGCUCCAACCACGCAGCGAGCCUCCUUUCAUCAAGGACACAAGGAGCCACCGGCCCCGUCUCCUCCCCGCGCCGUAGCCUCCCUGUCAGUGCGCGUCCUGGGCCAGCCGGACCGCCAGGGGCUGCCCCCUGCCGUGUCCCGAGCCCAAGAGAAGGAGGGCACCGCACCCAGUGAACCCGGCUCAGCCCAUCCUGUCCUCCACCUCAGCCGAUCAGCCGGCGUCGUAUCAGGAGGUCGUGUCCAGGAGGACAGCAAUGAAGAUGACGACGGUGAUGACGAGAGCGAGGAUGAUGAUGAUUGGGGGCCUGGUCCCGGUCCCGGCGGGUCACGAAGAGGCAACAGAGUUCCUCCACCACCGCAACAGAUGCCCCCUAGUGGCCCAGCGGCAAGCGCAAGAUCCAAACGCAAGCUUCAGCCUCCGCAGCACAUCCCACCACCGCAGGUACUCGAGACCCCGAUGCAGCUGCGCCACCCCACUCCUCCUCCCUCUCCACCACCCAACCUGUUCCCCCUCCCCGACACUCCCAAGCAGAGCCCCCCAGACAACCAGGAGGGAGAAGACCCAAGGGCUGCAGCUGUCCCACCUUCCACCAUGCAGAGGCAGGACUCUGAAUCCAGCUCCGGUUCCAGCAGUCCUGAGCCCCCUGUGAAGCGCAGACCAGGACCCCUUUCUCUGCUGGUCCACAAGAUGGAAUCAGAGGGGGCUUUCCGGGCAGGCGAGACCACCUCAGCUGUGACCGUGUCCGGAGAGGCCGCACACUCCAGUACCGGGUCUGUCAUCUCAGUGGCAGCCACCAGACCCACUGAAUCUCAGCUGCAAAUACUGGAGAGAAAGAAGCAACAAGAGAACAAAGAGCUGGAGGAAGAGAGGCGACUGGCGGAGAAGAGAGAGAGGGAACGACAGAAAGAGCAGGAGGAAGAACGAAAGAAAGAGGAGAGGGAGAGAGAGAAGAAGCGUUUGGAAGAGGAGAAGGAAAAGGAGAGGAAACGACUCGAGGAAGAGGAGGAGAGAAGAAAGAAAAGACAGCUGGAGGAAGAGCGGGAGAAGAGACAGCAGGCGGCCAACAGAGAACUGAUGGCUAAGACCAAGGCCCAAGAUUCAGGUUCCUCAUCUGAUUCCGACUCCAAAUCCGACUCUUCAUCACGCUCAUCUCAAUCGUCUUCCUCCGCCGGGGAGAAGCCUCGUCCUGCCAGGCAGCUGAAGAAAACUGACCAGGGACGAGAGCCAGAUGAUGAGAAAAAGACGAAGCUGAGUAAAGGGGCAGAGAAAGAACACCUCAAAAAAAGCGAGGUGUCAGAGCCCAGCGCAGCCGCCGUGACCGAAGUGGAACCAGACUCCGAGGGCUCCAUGGCCCAGCAGCCGGCCUCCGGAGCUGAGCCGGACAACAACAGCAACGAAGGUCGCCUGGAGGAGAGCACCACUCCUAAGGCUUUCGCUGCUCGCAAGAUAUCCCUGACCAGCAGCAAGACGUCUCCGGCCACCACAGAAGGAGGAGCGGGAGAGUCCGAGACGGCGACUGCAGCAGGGAGGAAGAGGCGAUGGGGCUCCAGCACGGCCGUCACCGCUAAGAAACCAUCCAUCAGCAUCACCACCGACUCUCUGAAGUCUUUGAUCCCAGACAUCAAAGUCAGCCAGGAGGCCGUGGUGGAGCUGCACCCAGAGGAGCUGCAGCUGUCUGGGGACGAGGAGAAUCUGGACGCCAACCGGGGCGACCAGGACAAGGGCCUCAAGAUCCGGCGCACAGUCACACAGGUGGUCGCUGGGGGUGACGGCCAGGAGAAUGGACAGGCCAACGAAGAGGAAGAAGUGGAGAAAACCGAGAGAGAGAAACAGCGCAGGACUUCCAAAGACAAAAGGAAGAACAGCGUGUCAGAGGAAGCCCCGGAAACACAGAUGUCUAUCAAAGUUGAAGGAGAAGCGAAGAAAGUCACCCCCAGCGACAGUCUGGUGCGUCGCUCAAUCAGUCAGCAGAAGUCUGGCGUGUCCGUCACCAUCGACGACCCCGUCCGCACAAACAAACAGCCCUCGCCGCCUCGUGGCAAAGUCUCAAAUAUCAUCCAUGUGACCAAUCUGGUACGACCCUUCACGCUGGGCCAGCUCAAAGAGCUGCUGAACCAGACGGGCAGCAUGGUGGAAGACGGCUUCUGGAUCGACAAGAUCAAGUCUCACUGCUUCGUCACAUACGCUACGACAGAGGAGGCGGUGUCCACCAGAGCUGCUCUCCACGGAGUCAAAUGGCCUCAGAGCAAUCCCAAAGUCCUCAACGUGGACUUCUGUGAACAGGAAGAGGUUGACUUUCACAAAGGGAUCCUGAAACCAGUGAAAGAAGAGGACCACGUCCCACAGCCCGGCGUUCCCCAGAACCGACUGCCCCCACUCAUGCCCGAACGGGACAGAGAGCGCGAGCGGGACAGAGUCGUGGACAGGGAACGAGACCGCGAGCGAGACCGAGGCGUGGUGGGAGUGCGCGAUCUGUGGGCGGAGCGAGAGAGGGAGAUGGAGCGCCGCGAGCGGGCCCGCGGAGAGCGGGAAUGGGACCGGGAUAAGGUUCGGGAGUUCGCCAGACCCGGUGAGGAAGAGCGGCGCUCUCGAUCCAGAGACAGAGAGCGAAGGAGGAGGGAGAGGGGCAAGAGCAAGGAGAGGAAGACUGAUAAGAAGGAGAAGGGAGAUGAACCUCCAGCGAAGCUUCUUGACGACUUGUUCCUGAAGACCAAAGCGGCUCCGUGUAUAUACUGGCUCCCCCUCACUGAGGAGCAGGCGGCGCAGAGGGUUCUGGACCGCACCGAGCGGCAAAAGGAACGCGAGCGCAGGCGCAAGGAGCAACAAGAAGAGGAGAAAAAGCGUGAGGAGGAGAAGAGAGAGGAGAGGUUGAAAACCCGCGAGAAGGAAGGCGGCGUAACGGCGAGCAGUGGAGGAGCCGGACGAGGCGCCGACGGAGACCGAGAGAGGGAGCGCGGCCGAGACCGUGAGGCAGACAAGAGGAGGGAUGGCGGCCACCGACCCAGACGACCCUCCACGGGCGCCGGGAGCGGACGUCGAUCCCGUAGCCGUAGCAACCCCAGAGACAGACGACGCUGAGGCGCCGAGCGGCCGCAGGGGAAUACUGCAGAGAGAGAGUUGGGGGGGAUGG